AUGGGAGAAGUGGCACAUGAUACAAGAAAUCCUACUCUUUCACUAUCAAAUUCAGCCGAGGAAUCUGGGUCGCGGUUUACUUGGACAAAUAACAGGGAGUCUGAGGAUUUUAUUAUGGAAAGGCUGGACCGUGGUUAUGCUUCUUCGGAUUGGAUGAUCGGCUUUCCGGAAACACAUAUUCGGGACAUGCCUAUCAUUCAUUCUGAUCAUGGGCCAAUAUUACUACAACUCACCAUUCCCACUCGCAAGCCUAGACGGCCAUAUCAGGGUUCUAAAGUUCAGCAUUUUACGCCAAUUCUAGACAAAGUAUCAAAGACAAUUAGCAGUUGGAAUCAUAUUAACAUCUCUGAGUCAGCCAAGGUCAUCAUCAUAAAUGCCAUCCUGGAUCGUCAUGGGAAGGGAAUUCACUGGAAAAAUAAAUCUGUUAUUCAACGGCCUAAACACAUGGGGGCCUUGGUAUCCGAAUGUGGGCAUUCUCAAUAA